UCUACAGACACACCUGUUGGGAGGCCACACCCCCAAAGACUUACCUGACGGAAGAGACGGCCCACAAUCUGGAGAGCUCAGGUGCCCUCUCUGUGCGUUCUCCACCAGUCGGCCUGUCUCCAUGGUAACACACAUGCGCUCGUCGCACUCGACGACGGAUCAGCACCGCUGCCGCAUCUGCCAAAGGUCGUUUCUGGGGCAACCGGAGCUCCAGACCCACGUCAGGUGUCAUCGUCAGGGCAACCAGUACCGCUGCGAGAGGUGUGGACACCUGGCCCGAACAGCCAAUAAGCUGAUAGAACACGUGCGUGUUCACACUGGGGAGCGACCUUUCACCUGCGACCUCUGCCCUUACAGCGCCAAGCGCCGAGACAGCCUCCGCCUGCACUACCGACUCAAACACCCCGAACACACACCCUCACACGGACACACACAUGCAGGACCGCAUAUGCACCGGUCAGCCCUGAAUCCCUCUCCUCCUCUACCCUCUCUUCCUGGUUUUAAGG